CCCAUUCCUAUUUGCCAUAAGAAGGUGUUGGUUAACCACCUUAUUGGCUUGUGGGAGUACUCACAUGAGUCAUUGAGUAAGGAGUUUUAAGAUCUGUACUUGCUAGGAUGAUGGAAAGACAAAAUAAUUCCAAGUCAGGGGUGAUUGUGAUUAGUAAAGGAUCUUGUAUCUGGGUGGUAAUAUCUCAACUGUCUCUGCCUGAACAAAUCACUUAAUGAAGAUGAAUUAUUGGUAGGGCUUGCCAGGCAAUGUAUCAAGUACAUUCUGAAAUUAACCUGUGAAAGAACUAUUUGAUUCCAUUUAUUACACUUUAACACCAUUCAGUGUUACAUAUAACUUAAUAUUUAACUUUUUAUGCAUGUGUAACGUUUGUCAAUUUACUAUACAGUCCUCUGAAACUUCAUACGUUUUAAAGACGAUCCAGUCCUGAGGAAGGGUCUCGGCCCGCAACGUCGACUCUAUUCCUUUCCACAGAUGCUGCCUGAUCUGCUGAGUUCCUCCAGCAUUUUCUGCGUGUUACUCUGAAUUCUCAGCUUCUGCAGAAUCUUUUAUGUUGAUGAACUGAUAGUUAACUCAUGUGUUUUAAGAGCUGAGAAAGCAUUUUUAGUUUUUAUGUUACAAAACAAAACGGCCGUUAUUGUUUGCCGUAAACUGUUUCACACUUCAUUGAUUUUAUCCGCUGCGUUGGCUUUACAGCUGAUGAUCUGAUUCUCUCUAGCAGACAGUCUUGAGCCGGUUGAGCAACUGAGAGGGAAAGAGGCAAGUAAUCGUGAGAAUAAGCUAAGUUAAUACGGAGUUGGUGUCACCGUAAAUAGUCAGCGUGUAAACCUGGCCACUUUAAAAAAAGCUCUCUGUCAGCGAUAAAAUCUGCGUCUCCUCCCCUCAGCUCAGUUCUUUUCCCAAUGAGCAGGCGGCGCUGACGUAGUGGUCGGUUUGUUAUCAUUCCCCGAAGAUGGCGUCGAUCAUGGAAGGGCCGCUCAGCAAGUGGACCAACGUUAUGAAAGGAUGGCAGUACCGCUGGUUCGUGCUCGACUACAAUGCCGGCCUACUCUCUUACUACACGUCCAAGGACAAAAUGAUGCGAGGUUCCAGAAGAGGCUGUGUCAGAUUGAGGGGAGCUGUGAUUGGUAUAGACGAUGAGGAUGACAGCACCUUCACAGUCACUGUGGAUCAGAAGACAUUCCAUUUUCAAGCCCGUGAUGCUGAUGAGAGAGAGCAGUGGAUUCAUGCAUUAGAGGAAACUAUUCUUCGUCAUACUCUGCAGCUCAGGGGUUCUGAAGCAGGGUUUGUUCCAAGUGUUCAAGAUUUUGACAAGAAGCUUGCUGAAGCUGAUGCCUACUUACAGAUUUUAAUUGAUCAGCUGAAGUUGUUUGAUGAAAAAGUCAAGACUUGCAAUGAUGAUGAGCAGAGAAGGAAAAUUGAAAAUCUCAAGGAAGUAACAAAUAACAUGGUUGAAUCUAUUAAACACUGUAUAGUGUUGCUGCAGAUUGCCAAGGACCAAAGUAAUGAGGAGAAGCACGCAAAUGGAAUGAUAAGUACAAUCAACCCAGUGGAUGGAGUUUUUCAGCCCAGUCCUUUGGAGUCAGCUGUAAUUAGCACUAUGCCUACCCAAACUGUUUUACUACCAGAACCUGCUCAGUUAUGCAAAGCUGAACAGCGUCCAUCAACUUUGGCUGUGGGAUCUGCCGUUAAUGCAAUGGGUAAUCACCAGACGCCAACUCCAAAUAGUACAGGAAGUGGACAGUCAGCACCAACCAGCAGCAUCACUUCUCCCAGCCAUGUAAAUCUGUCUCCUAAUACAGUGCCAGAUUUUUCAUAUUCCAGUAGUGAGGAUGAAUUCUAUGAUGCAGAUGAAUUCUACCAGAGCAACUCUUCUCCGAAGCGUUGCUUAGAUGCUAAAUCUCCGGCAGUGAUCUCUCACAGCAACACAGGUGGCAGUCUGAAGCGCCCAGACACCACAGAAUCAUUGAACUCCUCCAUGUCUAAUGGAACAAAUGAUGCAGAGCUGUUUGAUACGCAUGAUGAGAGAGAUGAUGAGGGGGAAGGGGAAUCUGUCGAAGAGCAUAAGAGUGUUAUCAUGCAUCUCCUAUCCCAAGUCCGACUGGGAAUGGAUCUAACAAAGGUGGUGCUUCCCACUUUUAUUUUGGAAAGGCGGUCUUUGUUAGAAAUGUACGCAGACUUCUUUGCACAUCCGGAUUUAUUUGUAAGUAUUGUAGACCAAACUGACCCAAGGGACCGAAUGGUGCAGGUUGUCAAAUGGUAUCUCUCAGCCUUCCACGCUGGCCGCAAAGGAUCGGUAGCCAAGAAACCAUACAAUCCUAUUCUUGGAGAGAUUUUUAAAUGUCAUUGGAUAGUACCUGAGAUUGAAAUUGAAGAAAAUGCAGAGCCUGUUGCUGCAGGACCAAUCCCAGAGGCCAGUCAGAACAGUGUGACCUUCGUAGCAGAGCAAGUGUCUCAUCACCCACCAAUUUCUGCAUUUUAUGCUGAAUGUCUCUCGAAGAAAAUCCAGUUCAAUGCGCACAUUUGGACUAAAUCUAAGUUUCUAGGGAUGUCUAUAGGAGUGCAUAACAUUGGACAAGGAUGUGUCUCACUGCUUGAUUAUGAUGAGCACUAUAUUCUCACUUUUCCAAAUGGCUAUGGAAGGUCAAUUCUAACGGUUCCAUGGGUGGAACUAGGAGGUGAAUGCAACAUAACUUGUGCUAAAACAGGAUACAAUGCCAGCAUUAUAUUUCAUACUAAACCCUUCUACGGAGGCAAGAAACACCGAGUAACUGCAGAAAUCUUUUCUCCACAUGACAAGAAAUCCUUUUGCUCAAUUGAAGGGGAGUGGAAUGGAGCGAUGUAUGCUAAAUGGAGUACUGGGGAAAGCAGCAUAUUUGUGGAUACAAAGAAAAUGCCCAUUGUCAAAAAGAAAGUAAGAAAAUUGGAAGAUCAAGAUGACUUUGAAUCCAGAAGACUUUGGAAGGACGUAACAUACAACUUAAAAAUAAAGGAUAUUGAUGCUGCCACAGAGGCAAAACACAGACUUGAAGAAAGACAAAGAGCUGAAGCAAGGGAGAGGAAGGAGAAUGAAGUUCAGUGGGAGACACGGGUGUUCCAUGAAGAUGGCGAAUGUUGGAUAUAUGAUUAUCCACUGCUAAAGAGGCUAGGUGGCAAUAAAUAUUAGGAUAUUACUCAAAAUGGUUGAACAUUUAAAGCCUACAAUUAAGACUUCCUUUUGCCUAACAGAAAUUUUGUAUCGUUUCUUAAUAUUUAAUAAAACACUAUAACUUUGUGGUUACAUAAAUGCAUUCAUUUAAGAAAUGCAUUGUUUAGAUUUCAUCUGGUAAAUUUUAAGUGGUUUGUUUCUCAGGGAAAUUGGACUUCAAAAAGAUGUGGUGGAACAAUUAACAUCCUGCAAGAGUUGUAAGAAUAUUCUUUUUAGUGCUGUACAAUGAAAUAUUGGAAUGUUUGCUCCUGCUCCACUUCAGAAACUUGUAGUAGUGUGUUGCAAUUCUCCAAGUAUGCAAUUUCAUCUGCCAAAUUUAUGUCAACACUGCAAAUCAAAAAGGCAGCCAAGAAUAGAUUUUGGAUAGCUGUACAACCUAUUUUAGUGCACUGUCCGUAAUGUCAUGCUACAGAAUUAAAAAUGUACCACUUUGAUGUAUUGUUCUUAAGUCCUGUUUGCAAAUGUAGGACUCUCUUAGAAUGUUUCUUUAUUGCCUGAACCUCUUUUCAUAGAUAUGUGUACAUAUAUAGUAAAUAUAUAUAUAUAUAUAUAUGGAGAAUUUCAUUAAUAAGAAGUGUGAACUGGAAUACAUGUUUAUAUAUAGCAGGUACAAAAUGAAAAUGAAGCCAAUGACUGCUUUAUAAUUUAACACAGAGGCCUUGUUAUUAAUUUCAGAGUGUCACAUUUGAUUGAAACCUGUAUAUAAUUUUAUUCCAAAAAUGAAUGAUUGCGGCUAGUUUUCAUUCUGAUUAUUGUAACAACAUAAUAAACCUUCAUGGAGAA